CGUGUGUCCUAGACACAAAUUUCAUUCAGUGAGAGCCUUUAGGUCUUUGAAUCAAAAAAGACAAUAUGUUGCCAAAGACUUCUCUUUUUCUCUGUUUUGUUGUAGUUCUAUUUAUCUUGAACACAUGUUUCUCUUUGGAGGACGAUUAAAGCUUUAUGUCAUCAUUGGAUGAGGAAGCCAAGGUUUUCCAGUUGAAGCCGAGGAAGAGGUCUCCAUGUAUUAUCGGCGUACGAUAUCGUAGUAAAAGAUGCAAUGGAAAAAGACUCUUCAAGGCAGAGAACUUCAAGAUUUCCAAGGAUUCAACACAAGGACGAAAAGAUGCUGAAUGACUGGAUUAAAAAUAAACAAAUAACAACAACAAUGACAAUUUUAAAAGCAAUCGAUCCCUCAAACUCCUGCCUCAGUCAAGACUGUGAUCCAAAAGGAAGCGAAAGUGAGACCUGUCAGCUCGACACAUCGUUUAUAAAUAGACUACAAGCAGUUCCUCCUCCUCUUACCCCUCACUCCCAGAGUUCUUCACGGCACGUUCAGCUCGCUUUUUUUCAGUUCACUGAUUUUUUUUUUUUUUUCUGUACUCGCCUGGCGGACUUCGCCGAAAACCAAGGUACUGCUCGUAGUCUACAGCAUAUUGACGAAAGGAGUCUGCUGUUAUGUGACAGUGUUUUCUAGGGAUUACGGUUCAUGAGUAUUAUUUGUAAAUUAAAGACUAACUAAGAAAAUUGAAUUAAAACUUGAUAUCGUAA